AUGAAUGCAGUGAAACUCGGACUGUUCAAUGGGUACAAGGUUGGCACGUGUGGGGGCUGUGAAGUUUCGAUGUUCCAAUUUGCUGAUGACACAGUAUUCGUGGGGGAGGCGUCCAUACAAAAUGUUGUGGUGCUUAAAGUUAUUCUCCGCUGUUUUGAGCUGUCUUCAGGGUUAAAAGUGAACUUUAAUAAAAGCAAAUUAGCAUCUACUACAGUGGAACCAGAUUUUGAGCGGAGAAUUGCAGCGGUACUUAACUGCAAAAUUAUGGCGACACCUUUUGUUUAUUUGGGCAUACCAAUUGGGGCUAGACCUGACUGUCGCAGAACUUGGGAUCCUGUUAUUGCAAUGUUCAGAAGUAGGUUAUCUUCCUGGAGACUGAAAACUGUCUCAUUUGGAGGGAGAAUUUGUCUUGUGCAGAGCGUUCUUUCUGCUUUGCCCUUGUUUUACCUUUCCUUCUUUAAGAUUCCGUCUUGUGUCGUGAAGGAUUGUACCAUAAUUAUGAGGAAUUUCCUGUGGGGUGGUGGUGAGGAGGAUAGGAAAAUUGCUUGGGUUAAAUGGUCCAAGGAACCUACUUUGCCUGGGUCUGAUCAAGACCUUGUGAUUAUUUGGCAGUCUUUUGCACCUUCAAAUGUGAAGGGAUUUGCAUGGCUUCCAUCUUUUAUUCGCAUAUCCUUUUGCGUUGAGUAUUUGGCAUGGUUGUUUGCAGUGGUUGGGCUGUAA